CCCGCGUCCCCGCCGCCGCGCGCAAGACCUGCUUCUCCAGGAAGCCUGUUCUUGCAGAGCAGAGCAGUGUCUGCUCCUUGGCACCCCACAUCCCAACAGUCUCCGAAGGGGGCGAGCCCUGAGCCUGUAUCCUGAUGCCACUGGCUGGCUGUGCAGGUGCAGGGAGAGGCAUGCUGGUCCUCGGGAGACUGCUGAGCGCCAUGGGCCCCGGUCGGCAGGCGUCCGGCCUGCCCAUCAGGUAUCUGGCCUCAUCCCCUCGGCAAAUCCCGGCCGACGCCGGCUUCCAUGCUGCCUCCUCAGAAUUGGAACGGCCACGCGUCUUAAUUACAGGGGGCCUCGGCCAGCUUGGAGUGGGACUGGCUAACUUUUUGAGGAAGCGGUUCGGGAAGGACAACGUGAUUCUGUCUGACAUCAGGAAGCCUCCCGACCACGUCUUCCAAAGUGGCCCCUUCGUUUACUCCGACAUCCUGGACUACAAGCAUCUGCGGGAGGUCGUGGUCAACCACCGUGUCACCUGGCUGGUCCACUACAGCGCCCUGCUCAGCGCCGUGGGCGAGGCCAACGUGUCCUUGGCGAGGGCCGUGAACAUCACGGGGCUGCACAACGUUCUGGAUGUUGCGGCCGAGCACGGCCUGCGGCUCUUUGUGCCCAGCACCAUCGGUGCCUUCGGCCCCACCUCUCCCCGGGACCCGGCCCCCGACCUCUGCGUCCAGAGGCCCAGGACCAUCUACGGGGUGUCUAAGGUCCAUGCGGAGCUCAUGGGGGAGUACUACCACCACCGCUAUGGCUUAGACUUCCGGUGCCUGCGCUAUCCCGGGAUCAUCUCGGCCGACUCCCAGCCCGGAGGCGGGACCACAGACUACGCUGUGCAGAUUUUCCACCACGCGGUCAGGAGUGGCCAGUUCGAGUGCAACCUGAGGGCGGGGACGAGGCUCCCGAUGAUGUACCUGGAGGACUGCCUCAGGGCCACGCUGCAGGUGAUGGAGGCGCCCGCUGCCGCCCUCUCCAUGCGGACCUACAAUGUCAAUGCCAUGAGCUUCACCCCUGAGGAGCUGGCCCGGGAGGUCCUCAAGCACAUCCCGGGGUUCCGGAUCACCUACAACGUGGACUCCGUCAGGCAGGCCAUCGCGGAUAGCUGGCCCAUGAACUUCGACGACAGCAACGCCCGGAAGGACUGGGGAUGGAAACACGAUUUUGACCUCCCCGAGCUGGUGACCACGAUGCUGAGUUACAGCGGGGCUGAUGCCAGACUCGCCCGAGCCAGCUGACGGGGCUGGGCAGAGCACCGGGUCCUGGGCAGAGGUGCAGGAUGCCAUCACCCCAGGGUGUGGGCCGGGGGCCUGGUGACUGGAGAGGGCGACCUGGUAGCUGAGGCUCGCGGCCCGUUGUGGACAGCCCAGUGGAGGACACCUCAGCCAUCUCCAUGACCUCUGGGUUUGGUGGGCUUCAAGAUCUUUGCCAUUUGUCCAAAUACACGGCACAGUGAUGGCCCACGACACAGGUCCCCACUUUCCUUAUUAAGGUGAAGCGGCCUUUUCUGGGAGGGCAGAGUGUGAUGUGUGUGAAAUGAAAUUAAAUUCAGAUGUUUCUCAUAAGACUCUGUUCUCUUGACUAGAGA